AUGGCUGAAGUGGCCACCCCUCGGAAGAAGGCCAACAGAGGCCACGGCUCGCCGUGGUGGUCAGUGGAGGUCCAGGAGGCCCAGAGAGAGGCAAGGAGAGCCGAAAGGGAGUGCAAGGCAGCCCCGUCGGAGCACAACAAAGAAAGACUUAACCAAGGUCUACGGGCCCUCGCGGCCACCAUCAACAAGGAGAAAACGAAGACCUGGAGGACAACAAUGCAGAAAGCCACCCACAAACCCGACCUGCUAUGGAGCCUAGAACGCUGGGCCCGUUGCAGAAGCUUCGCCCCCCCAGAUCCCCCGAAACUACCCGCUCUCACAGGGCCCCCCGGAGGCCAGGACCUCUCCACCCACGAGGAGAAGGCGGAGGCCUUAGCACGCCGGUUCUACCCUAACCCAGAAGCUGACCUUUCUGAUAUAGAGGACCCGGACCUGCUAGAACAGUGGGUUCCGAAGUUCAAUAUAGAGGAAAAGGUUACAGUGGGUGAUGUUAGGGCAGUUCUUUCGAAGAUUAGUCCUUGGAAGGCUCCAGGCGAGGACCACUUACCUAUAGGCCUUCUUAAGGCCUGUGGGCGCCCACUGUUCAAGGUGCUAGCGGUUCUCACGGAGGCGUGUUUCCGGAUCGGAUGGUUUCCAGAAAUAUUCAAGAGAGCCAAAACAGUUGUCCUACAAAAGCCCGGAAAAGAGCCGAGUACCUACCGAACUCCAGGAGGCUACAGGCCUAUAGCCCUUCUACCUACAGUUGGGAAGGUCAUAGAAGCACUGGUAGCAAAGAGGAUUACUAGUGCUGCAGAGGCCUACGGCCUACUACCAGCGGAGCAGAUGGGAAACCGAGAGCACAGGUCAACAGAGGUAGCGAUUCGGCUAGUCGUAGCCCAAGUCCAGGAGGCCUGGCGGCAGAAAGCAACCGCCUCCCUUCUACAGUUGGAUAUCUCAGGGGCAUUCGACACCGUCAACCACACCCGGCUACUAGCCACUCUUCGGCUACAGGGUUACCCACAGUGGGUGGUUCUGUGGGUGAAGGCGUGGUUAAGUAACAGAGUUGCGAUCCUCCACUUCGACGGCCAGAAAACAGAGGACAUCCCAGUCAUAGCGGGAGUCCCCCAGGGCUCACCACUAUCCCCGAUCCUAUUUAUCCUCUACAUUGCCUCCCUAUAUCAGGCCCUGAAAACAGCCCAUCCACUGGUUAGCAUAGUAGGGUUCGCAGACGACACAAACCUACUGGCCUUUGGAAAGAACCCAGAGGCCAAUACACAGGCAACUGGAAAAAGCUUGGAAGACCUGCUUGCAGUGGGCUGGUACCCGGGGGAUGGAGUUCGCACCUCAAAAGUGCGAAUUAAUUCACUUCAACAAAGGGCGCACCAACAAGCUGUGGAACGGAAACUCAAAACCCAAGAUUUCGCCUUAUCGAGGAUUGCAGCAAAGACGUGGGGCCCGAGCCUAUCCAGGGCUCGGGAGGUCUACGUAAAGUGCAUCCGCAGUGCCAUAGCUUACGGAGCCUCCAGCUUCCACCAACCAACAGCUCCAAGAGCUACAGGGCCGAAGGGGCCUGCAAAGCUCUUGUCAAAAGCUCAGAACAGGAGCCUUCGAAUAGUAGUAGGGGCAUACAAGUCAGCUCCUAUUCGGUGCUUAGAAACAGAGGCCUGGGUGCCACCGCUAGACUUAUAUCUCAACAAGCGGCUGGCCGACUUCGAGGGCCGGCUACAGAAGCAGGCCCUACAGUCAGGGGCUGGGCCGGAGGCUGAGAGAAUAACCACGGGGCAUCUAAUUACUGAGGCCUGCAAUAAGGUCUACCGAAGGUUCAACAAGAGGAGGAAAACCCGAGGCCGGAGGCCCCGUCAGGGCCCGCAGAGUCCCACGCCCACUGAACUAGCCGCUAGUGUAGUGGCCCAGUGGGUUAACUACAAAUGGAAGAUUGGGGGGAAGGAUAGGGGGUCGAAUACCAAGGAGGUGGUCGAACUGGCCUGGCAGGCCCGGUGGGAACAACAGAGAGCUAGUCAACAAAGUACUACUCGACAGAGGGUAUUAAACAGGAGGAUAGCCGACGAAGACCCCCCAGCCCUCUUAUUUACCGACAAAGCUCUGAUGAGACACGAAGGUCUUACAAAGGCGCAGAGCUCCCUCCUUUCCCAGGCCCGUAUCGGGGAUAUAGGCCUCCGGGACUACCUGUUCAGGGUGAAAGUCCCGGAGGUCCGUACCCCCUAUUGCGAGUGCGGGAGGGGCAGGGAGACAGUGGAGCACUUGGUGGUUUGGUGCCCCGACCCGCCGUUACAAAGGCCGUGGGACGGCAGAGAGAUUCGGUCACAUCGGGACCUACAAACCGUAUUACGGGGAGUAGGUGCCCGGAGCAGAAGAUUUGUUAGGAAGGUCCUUGGCUGGCUGAUGGACUCUGGCCGGCUACUGGAGUAUAGGCUGGCCAGAAGGCUGGAGCUAGAAACAGUGGAUGGGGAGGGCUAG